GAAAUAAUGGAUUUUUGCCUUUUUGUUUCCACAUGGAAGGAUUUGUAAUCUUUCGACUUCUCCAUUAUAUAAUUUUGCCGGGAAAUUACGUAGAACUGUAUGAAACGUAAAAAUACAAAGUUUUAAGAUCACACUGAGAAAUAAAAGCUUUACACUUUACACUAUGCACAUUGCAUUUUGCAUUUUACACUUUGCUCCCUGAUGAUUGGGAGUAAAGUGUGUGUAAUUCCCGCCCUCGGGUGAGAAAGUUGCUGCCCAAGGUCAACCUUGGAAGCAAUUUUCCACCCUAGUAUAUACAAUUUCUCCCUGUGUGUUUCAAAUUACAGGAUCAUAGGAUAGUUAACUUUUAGGAAAGGGAUUAAAAUAAACGGAUAGAUUGUUUUUAAAAAAUCUGAAAUUUUUUUGAAAAAGUUGAUACCUCCUAAUAUGGAUUUGAUCUGCACUGAUAUUCAACCCGAUCCGUCGAGUAAUUUUCAAAUGGAUUUUUUUCAAAUAUAUCUGCAGAUGAGAGAUAUGAUCGAAUCAAUAAUUCAAAUGCUGUUGUCAAGGGGACAAUAAACAAGUCUUUUGACAUUAUAUGCUCGCGUACAAGGAGGGGAAAUUAAAUACAUCGGAUAAUUCGUUGAGAGUCAACUAUAAAUCUUCGUCAUGGCUACGCCACUACUGCAGAGUCGAGUCUUGUAUGGUUUAAAAACCGAUGUAAUUAGUAACGCGCACUAUAUCACCGAUAACGAUAUUCUAUACCCCGUGGGGAAUGCCCUGGCAAUCCACAACUUUCACGAGCGUCGUCAGCGGCUGCUUCGCCUCCCAGAGAAGUACCAGAUCAAUAUCAUCGCCGUUACCCCGAAUAAGAAAUACGUGGCGAUGUGUGAGGUAGGGGACAAGCCGAUCAUUUCAAUUUACGACGUUCACAGUCUACGUCGUAGGAAAACCCUGGGUAUUCCAUACGACUGUCCGGAGGUAAAGAAAUUCACCUGUGUGGCUUUCAGCUUCGACAACAAGUACCUCGCAGGUGUGACAGACCUCCCGGACCAGACGAUGCUCUUCUACGCCUGGGAAAAGGGCAAAGUCGAGUCGUCAAUUAAAGUCAUCAAUCCCCAAAACCCCUCCGCCCUCAUCAGCCAGAUAUCCUGCAAUCCAGGAGACAUCGGACUCGUCGCUCUCGCCGGCAGAUUCUCUUUCAAGUUUCUCACCUGCUCCGAGACCAUUUGGCGUCCCUACGGUUUCUCCAAAACCGAUAACCUUCUCAUCUCCUCGAUCUGCUGGCUCAACAAUGAUCGCCUCCUCGCGGGUACCGACGACGGGCGUAUUCUCUUCCUCGAAAACGGCGAUCUCAAGAGUAUCUUCAAAAUGAGCGACGUAACCCAGAUAAAUCUCAAAGUCCGAGAAGAAUUUGUAAUCUACCCCUCCACGGAGAAAUCAGGUGAAGAGAUACAGGGAUUGGUAUCGUUCCCCAAGGGCUUUGCCUUCGGCUACGGUCCCGGUAGAGUUCUCGUUUUCGAAAAGGACGGACAACACAAGUUCAUCAACAAACACAUCUUCACGGUGCCACGGCAGGUCACCAAGGAUCCGGAUUCCACAAAGAGCUUUUACGAUAUCAACUCGAUCAGUGCGAAUCCCAGCUCAGACCGCUUAAUUGUUACCACCGGCUGGUCACAGCUAUUUGUUGCCAAAUUAUGGACAUCAGCACUCCUGUUGGAUGUCACCUCGGAGGACCUGGGGAUCAUGGGGCAGGCGUUGCACCAAGGACCGAUCAAUAGCCUCUCGAUGUGCGCUUGGAAGUCCAUUUUUAUCACCUCUGGAGACGACGAUAGAAGUGUCAGAAUCUGGGAUUAUGAGUCUGAAAACGUUGUUAUGUUCAAACAGUAUCAGGAGAAUAUCUACUCCGUCGCUCUGCACCCCAUCGGUCUAUUCUGUCUCAUAGGGUUUACUGACAAACUCAGAUUUAUGACCAUCUCCAUCGACGACCUCUUGACGAUGCAAGAAUUUCCCAUUCGCGCUUGUAAAAUUGUCAAAUUCAGCAACGGAGGUAAUUUUUUUGCCGCUGUCAAUGCCAACAUCAUUCACGUAUACACGACCAUCGACUUCUCCAGUAAAUUUCUCCUGAAAGGACACACUGGAAAAAUCAGUCACAUUGUCUGGUCCCAACACGAUUUCAAAUUGAUCUCAGCUGGAUUAGACGGGGGAAUUUACACCUGGGAUAUGACCACCGGCACCAGAAUCGGUGAAAUCAUCCUGAAGAACGUCUCGAUCAAUGGCGUGGGGUUGACAGCCGAUGCGUCAUCCAUCUACUGCAUCGUCAACCAUGAAAUUAAUAAAAUUUACGAAAUAAAAGAGGACGCAAUAGUUCGGGAGCUCUCCAUGACGAAGAAUCAACUGACAUCUCUACUCCUUGGUAAAAACGACUCUCUAAUUUUUGCCACGUGUCCUGGUGGUGUAAUUCUAUCCUUCAAAAUUCCUCUCUUGGAGGCCCUGGAGUGCAAGGACGUUCAUAUUCACUGCACGGACAUCACCAAUUUUUCUCUCUCAUUCAAUGAGCAAAAUCUCAUAUCUGCAGGGAGCGAUGGGAGUUUGUGCUUUUGGAAGGUGGUCUCUCCUGAGGCUACACCGGAUAGUGAUUACAUGUACACCAGCGAGGUUCUCAUCGGUAAGAAUGAUCUUGGGGAGAAAAUUCAAUUAAUUGAAGAGCUGACCAUCAGAAUUAAAGAAUUGGAGACUGAAGCCGCUUAUAAAAUGCGUCAGAUCGAAGUGCAGCAUAAUGAUAAAAUGCGACAGGUGCAUCAGGGAUACUGCGAGGCCAUUGAGGAGCUUAAAGCCAAGAUCGAUAAGUUGCACGAGGAGAGGACUAACGAACUAAAUAACAUCAAUUUUGAAAUAGCCAAGAUGAAAUAUGAGCAUGAAAAAUCGGUCAAGGAUAUGGAGAUCCGUUAUGACAGCAAAUUGAUAGUUGAGUAUGAUAAAUAUUCGGCGUUCGAGGUGAAGAAUAAUCUAAUGAGGGAGAGUUACAAAAGGAAAAUUGAAAAAAUCGAAGCUGCGAGAGUUAAAGAGCUAGAGGAGACAAUCAAAACACAUGAAGCACUGCUGCACGAAAAGGGGAUUCAGUUGCAAGAGUUUCAUGAGGAGAUGUCCCACCAGGUGCGCAUCCAUGAAAGGAUUAAGGAUCAGAUUGAGGAUGAUGCAGAUAGGGAAAUUGUGGAGAUUAGAUCUGGGUAUGAGAGUCUGCUCUAUGAAGAACGCCAGGCUAAUUUGAAGCUCAAGGGGGAGGCGGGUGUGCUCAGGAAUAAAUACACUGCUAAUCAGAAAGAAAUUGAGGAUCUUAAGAGGAAUGUUAGUCACCUCCAAGAUGAGCAGCAUCAAUACCAGAAGACUAUUGAACAAUUGGAGAAGGAUGUGCGGGAUCUGAAAGGGGAAAUUAGCGAGAGGGAUGCUGCUAUUCAGGAUAAGGAAAAGAGCAUUUAUGAUUUAAAGAGAAAUAAUCAGGAACUCGAAAAGUACAAGUUUGUGCUGAAUUAUAAAAUCGUGGAGCUGAAGAAUCAGAUAGAGCCGAAGGAUGAUGAGAUUAUGGAGUUGAAGGAUAAAGUGCUGAGGAUGGAGAAGGAGAUGCUCACGAUUCACAAUGAGAAUAAAAAUCUUCAAUUACAGAUCAGUGAUAUGAGUGAUAAGUUGAGUGGAGUGAAGAAAGAGGUGCAGAUCGAGGCGGAGAAAAACAGAAAUAAUCAACAGCUGAUGAAGAGAAUUCAGAAGGACUUGGUUGAUACUGCUGGUGUUAUUCAAGAGCCCCAUGCCCUCAAGGUCGCUGUUAUGAAUCUUUAUAAUCGAUACAGCAGUGAUGAGAAGCUGCAGAGGACUAGAGAGGCAAGUCUUGAGGUUGAGUGCGAACUUAUCAGACAGAGGGAUCACCUGGAGAGAACAAUUGACUCGUUGAAAAGGCAAUUUUCCCGGAUGAAGAAAACUACAUGAGACUGGAUUCUUCAUCAUCAAUGGAAUGCUCAAGUUUUUUUUUUUUUUUUUUUUUUUAUUUUCUAACCCUCUAAUUGUACAAAUAGCGUAAUUUGUAAAUAUUGAUAAUCUAUUCGGGCAAUAAAUUUCGCAAAUAUUAUACAAAAUAUGAUUUAUUAAGACAAUGAAAAAGGGAGCCGAA